GUGGCCGAGAUUAGAGCCAGCGCGGGCCUCACCGCGCCGCGAACGUAAGCCCACUUAAGACUGUUUUUAAUACUAGUAUUUUUUACGCGAUCCCGUCAGGAUUUACCGGAUAAGCGCCGUCGCCGCGAUCGUGCGCUUUGAUUUAUCGGUUUCGGAUUCGUAUUCGGUUUGUUUUCUGGUGUUUACGCUAGUGGUGACGGCGGGAUCCGGCCGCAGAUUAUGACGGAUCUCACCGGAUUGCACGCACUGUGGACAUAGACCGGAGCCGUACUAUUUAGCGCCAACGUGACCGCCAGAUUUAUCUUUUCUACACGUGGGGGCAUGUCGCGGCUGUAGACGCGACCGCAGCGCACACGCGCGUCUUCACCUCCCGUGGACAGAAAGCCUCAACAUUCACCUCCGCGUGUACAAGGAGGCGCUGGCGGCCGGAAUGGAGCCGCUAAGCGAGAACGGCCUCUGCCUGUCCGAGCUGGAGCUGCACGGAGGCCACCUGCACGAAUCGGUGGCGGCCUCCGUGGGCUCGGCCAUAUCCAGCCUGAUGGCGCCGCUGCACCACGAGCAGCCGCACGCGCCGCUCCACCACGCGCCGCCGCUGCACCAUGAGCCGCUCGAGAAGCUCAAAUUGUGGGCAGAAACGGGCGAGUUCCGGGACAGCGGGCACUCGUCCCUGGCGUCGGGCGGCUCCGGCGUCGAGCAGUCGCUGUACGCGCCGCCGCGCCCGCGCCGCGACCGCAAACAUACCGACGACAAUCGGGCGCUAAACUCGGAACCGACGAUCAAGACCGAGUCGACCACCCCAGGAGUGGGCCCUGACGAGCCUUCCAUGGACGACAAGGGGGACAAGAAGAACAAGCGGCAGCGGAGACAGCGCACGCACUUCACGAGCCAACAACUCCAGGAGUUAGAGGCGACGUUCGCUAGGAACCGGUACCCGGAUAUGUCUACCCGGGAAGAGAUCGCCAUGUGGACGAACCUCACUGAAGCGAGGGUUAGGGUUUGGUUCAAGAACAGAAGAGCGAAAUGGCGGAAACGCGAACGCAACGCGAUGAACGCAGCGGCAGCUGCGGCCGCGGACUUCAAGAACGGCUUCAGCACCCAGUUCAACGGGCUCAUGCAGCCCUUCCCCGAUACCGACCUGUAUUCGUCGUAUCCUUACAACAACUGGGCGGCGAAGGUGCCCAGCCCGCUAGGAACAAAGAGCUUUCCGUGGCCGGUGAACCCGCUCGGGUCGGUGGUGCCGGCGAGCCACCACCAGGGGUCGGUAAACUGUUUUAACACGGCGACGUCGAUGGGCGGCGUGGGCGGCGGUGGUAUGGCGGGCGUAGCGGGGUCGGCCGGCGUGGGCGGCGGUGUGGCUCCGUGCCCGUACACGGCGCCCCCCAACCCGUACAGCAUGUACCGCGCGGAGCCGUGCCCCGCCAUGUCGUCGUCGAUAGCGCAGCUGCGGCUGAAGGCGAAGCAGCACUCGUCUGGGUUCGGCGGCGGCUACGGCAGCGUGUCGCCGGUGUCGCGUGCGGGGUCGGCGCCGCUGUCGGCGUGCCAGUACGCGGGCGGCGUGGCGGACCGUGUGCUCUGA